ACACUUUCCUCGCACACACAACAACACAUAAAUAAUAACAUUACGUGAUCGAACAUGGCGCCUAGCCUGCGAUGGGCAGGUAUUUUCUCAUUAUUUUUACUAGGAAAAAAUAUUUACAGAUUCAGAAGGGAUGUCUAGUGACCGGCCAACUACGACGAGUUCUCUAGUCGUCGGGUACGACGGGACACAGCCGACGAAGACGAUGGGUCUGGUGGUGGCCCCAUCCUUCCCGAAGUUACAAAGAUUAUUGACACUUUUGGCUUCCCAUAAAGAGGAUGUGCAGAAAGUGAUAGUUGUUCUGGUAGCAGAAUAUGUCCAUCAGUUGCAGAAAGGAACACUCCAUCCAGCUGUUAAGAAAUCAUUGGGAAAUGGUUUAAACAGCAUAGUUUCUAUCUGCGAUGAUAAAUCAUUAUCUUUGCUGGGGGGCCACUCUGCCUGAUGGCCUCAAGGAAAUUUACAAAGGUUUUUACUCGGACUACAAAAAGUAUUUCAAGUACACAGGACGUGUAUAAGCAUAUGCAAAUCAUUUUUAAAGAAGUAUCAUAAAGUAUAUCUACUUGUAUGGAUAUAUAAAAAUACCAGAUGAACAUUGACUGCUAUUUUAUGGACAGAGAGGCUUGUUUUAAUUGUACUUUCUUUUAAUGAAAUUUAGUAUAUUUUUUUAUCUGUUUGUCUAGAGCCAAACUGAAUUUUAAUGAAA